GCGCGGCGGCGGCGGUGCGGCGCGGCGCGGGUCUCGGCCUGGUGCCCGGGUGUUGUUUACUAACGGAGCCGCCGACGUCCUGCCGCUGACUUUUUCCUCGUGCGGCACCAGCAGGCCGCCACGACCUUCACCAGUGCGGGAGGCAGGCCCUGGCAGCCCGCGGCGAGCGGUUUACAAGAAUGAGAGGGGCAGCGAUCAGGGCCAUCGGGGUCCUGUCUGCCCUCAUUCUCCUGGCGGGCAGGGUCGCAGGUCAGGCCAAGGGCAAGCCCAUCACCACUCACCUGUCAGCCAAAUGGUCCAACACGCCCCUUCUGCUGGAGGCCUCAGAGUACAUGGCCGAGGAGAGUCUGGCCACCUUCUGGGGCUUUGUUGAGGCUAUGGUAGAGGUGGACCCUCACACCUACACUAAAAAAAGUGACAAGGAGAAGUUUGAGACAAUGCUGGCAGCUGCCUCGCGCUUCCUUCUCCCAUCACAGCUACGCAUCCUCAAGCUCUCCCUCUCGGUGCGUGCGUACUCCCCCAAGGUGGAGACGUUCCAGCAGAUCGUGUUAGACCGAGGGCUGCCCAGCACGGGGGAGUGCGGGGCGGUGGUGGAUGUGGCGGGGCAGCUGACCUGUGAUGCUAGGGAGGUGAGGAAGUUGGUGGAGGGGGCAGCGGGAGAGAGGCCGGUCGUGUAUGAAGUUGAUCACCACUUUCCUGGAGGAGAGAAUGCCAAGGUUGUGGCGGUGCUGUAUGCAGAGCUGGGUUCGCCGGAGUUCCCAGUUUUCCACCAAGUUCUGAAGGAGCUCGCCAUUGCCGGCAAAGUUGAUUAUGUCCUCCGACACAGAGUCAAGAACCAGUCCUCACGUCGGGUGCGUCUCAGUGGCUAUGGGGUGGAGCUGGCCAUCAAGAGCACCGAGUACAAGGCACAGGAUGACACCAAGGUGCAGGAGGAGGGCAGAGAGCAGGAGGAAGACGAGGAGGCUGAGGUGGAAGUGGAGGGGUUCCUCUUCUCCAAGCUUGAAUCACUUCACCCAGAGAAAAAGGAAGACCUGAACCAGUUGCGCAAACACCUGGUGGAGUCCCAGCACGAGAUGGCGCCCAUGAAGGUGUGGCAGCUGCAGCACCUCAGUCUGCAGGCGGCGCAGCGCAUCAUGUCGGCCCCGGCUGAUGAGCGGCUCUCCAUCCUGGUCCAGACGGCACAGAACUUCCCUGCCCUUGCCCGCUCGCUGGUCCGGAUCAAGGUUGACGACAAGAUGAAGCGCGAGAUCCUGAAGAACCAGAACACCCUCACCCAGAUGGAGGUGAACCCCUCCGACGCAGCUCUCUACAUCAACGGCCUCCUGCUGGACAUGGAGUACACCACCAUCUUCACCCUCCUCGACCACAUCCGCUCCGAGGACCGUGUCAUUGGCGGACUCCACAAGCUUGGCUUGGAAGGGGAGGCUCUGAAGACCCUGCUGGGCCUAGACACCAGUGAGGGGCCCCAGGAGUAUGGCAUUGACAUCAGGGACUCGGCCAUCAUGUGGAUAAACAACAUAGAGACAGACAAGGCGUACCGCAAGUGGCCCUCCUCGACCGGGGAGCUGCUGCGGCCAACCUACCUCGGGAUGCUGCGCAGUAUUCGCAAGAACUUCCACAACCUGAUCAUCGUGGCAGAUCCCAGCAAGGCGGGCGCAGCAGAGCUCAUCCGCAUGGUGGAGAGCUUCAUCACCCACACCGCACCAGUCAGGGUCGGGCUGGUGUUUUCCGUGGACUCUGACGAAUCACUGAGGGGCUUUGAUGACCCCGGGCUGGCCAUGCUUUGUGCCUUCAAUUUCAUCUCGGAGAACUUUGCCGGCAGAGAGGACGCUAACUACAAGGCUCUCCAGUUCCUGCUUGAUAUUUACUCCACGGCCCAAGGAGACGUCACGGUUGCCGAUGUCACGUCCCUGUUCAAGAGCAAGUACCCGAGCACCGACCUGGAGGAUGUGUUUGGGGAGGACUCAGACUAUGAUGUUGGGCGGAUGUUGGCUCAGGACUUUGUGGAGAAGGCCGGCAUCACGUCCUUUCCCCAGGCACUGAUGAAUGGGGUACCACUGCCAGAGAAGCACCUCAAUGUGGACGAGUUUGAGGAGGUGGUGCUGAUGGAGGUGAUGAGGGCGACGCAGGUGCUGCAGAGGGCUGUGUAUCGCGGGGAGCUCAACGACAAGCAUGAUGUGACGGACUGGCUAAUGGCAAUGCCCAACAUCAUGCCAAGGCUCAACGAGAGGAUACUAAGCACCAAGAGCUCAAAAUAUGUGGACAUGACCGGGGAGUCUGACUUGAAGCUCUCCGGCAUAUCCGUGGAAGACUUCUCUGCCCUCAAGGCCCCGGAAAUGACCUCCAUCCUGGCCAACACCUUCCGUUACCUCUCCACCAAGAGCGAGCCUGCCAUCCGUCCCCUCACCGUGUGGCUCGUGGCGGACUUUGACACCGAGGAGGGCCGAGCACUCCUCUUGGAAGCUGUCAAGUACCUGCGGGAGAGUAACAGCGUGCGUGUGUAUGCCGUUCAUAACCUUGACACCACCAGCAGCACCCCGGGAGUGUUCAGCCGUGCCAUAGAAGUCGCCCAGGCCACCCUUGCCCCAGCUGUGGCCAGGCAGUUCUUGGCCAAGGUGCUGGUGAAGGAAAAUGCCAGGAAGAUACUGGAUGGUUCAAAGAAGUGGUCUGACUUUGAGUUAUCAGGACUGGACAUGGACGCCUACCUGUCCAGACUCUCAGCGCUGAAAGAUGAUGUGUUCAAGAAGCACGCAGCCUAUGCUCGCAAGGUGCUUUCACUGCCCCCGGGUGCCCAUGCAGUGCUGGCCAACGGCAGGAUGCUGGGAACUCUGAGGCCCUCAGAGAAAUUUGUCCAAGAAGACCUUGGCCUCCUUGAAAAGUACUUCCAGUCAACCCUUGGAGAGAAGAUUACUGAAGUCCUUGAAGGAGAAGACUCGCUCCCGAAGGGUAACAUAAAUGACAUGAUCAUGAAGGUGGCAGCCAUCCUGCAGACCAAGCCUCAGUCCAAGGGCCGCACCAACCUAAACCUGCGCUCAGACCAGUACUCAGUCAUCAGGAUACCCCCAAGAGACCCAGACAUGCCAGCCUUUGAGAUUGUGGCAGUUUGUGAUCCUGUGUCCAGUGCUGCUCAGAAGUUGGGUCCCAUACUGAUGGUGCUGCAGGAAGUGGUCAAUGCCGACAUAAGGGUUAUUCUCAAUGCUCGAGAGAAACACUCAGAAAUGCCACUCAAAAGUUUCUACCGGUUUGUCUUGGAGCCUGAGCCCUUGUUCAGUGAGAGUGGAGAGCUGGCGCCAGGCCCUCACGCUAGGUUCACAGGUCUGCCCGAGUCCCCGAUCCUCACCCAGAACUACCAUCCACCGGAGAACUGGCUGGUGGAGGUGGUGGAGUCCUUGCAUGACCUGGACAACAUCAAGCUGGAGCUGGUGGAGUCUGGGGUCCACAGUGAGUUUGAGCUGGAACACCUUCUGCUGGAGGGACACUGCUUUGAACAGUCCACAGGAAACCCACCCAGAGGCCUCCAGUUUACUCUUGGCAACAGCAAACAGCCAGUCCUGGUUGACACGAUAGUGAUGGCCAAUCUAGGCUACUUCCAGCUGAAGGCUAACCCGGGGGCCUGGCUGCUGAAGCUACGCAACGGACGCUCCGCAGAAAUCUACUCCAUUGCCAGCCAUGAAGGGACAGACACUCCUGCAGGCUCUGAGGAUGUGCAGGUGGUGAUGAGCAGCUUCAAGUCCCAUGUGGUGAAGGUCCGAGUGGCCAAGAAGCCAGGCAAGCAGCACAUGCAGCUCCUUGCCGAUGAAAAUGAAGAGGGCGGCGGCGGACUCUGGAACUCCAUCACCAGCACCUUCAGUUCAGGAGGCGCUGCAGAUGACCCGGAUGACACAGUGAACAUCUUCUCUGUGGCGUCGGGUCACCUGUACGAGAGGUUCCUCCGCAUCAUGAUGGUGUCUGUCGUCCGCCACACCAAGACCCCCGUCAAGUUCUGGUUCCUCAAGAAUUUCCUCUCUCCGUCCUUCAAGGACAUCCUGCCCCUGCUGGCCAAGGAGUACGGGUUUGAGUAUGAGCUGGUGCAGUACAAGUGGCCGCGGUGGCUUCAUCAGCAGUCCGAGAAGCAGCGCAUCAUCUGGGGUUACAAAAUCCUCUUCCUUGAUGUCCUCUUCCCCUUAGAUAUCAAGAAGAUCAUUUUUGUCGAUGCUGAUCAGGUUGUGCGAGGUGACAUCAAGGACUUGAAUAAUGAGGACCUGGAUGGGGCGCCCUAUGGUUUUGUGCCCUUCUGUGACUCCCGCAAGGAAAUUGAAGGGUUUAGAUUCUGGAAGCAAGGUUACUGGCGCAACCACCUUGCAGGGCGCAGGUACCACAUUUCUGCACUGUUUGUGGUUGAUCUCAAGAAGUUCCGACGCAUUGCUGCGGGUGACCGCCUGAGAGGACAGUACCAGGGCCUCUCCCAGGACCCCAACUCGCUCUCUAAUUUAGAUCAGGACCUGCCCAACAACAUGGUCCACCAGGUGCGCAUCAAGUCACUGCCGCAGGACUGGCUGUGGUGUGAGUCUUGGUGUGAUGACGAGUCCAAGAAGACAGCUAAGAUCAUUGACUUGUGCAAUAACCCCAUGACAAAAGAGGCCAAGCUUGUGGCGGCGCAAAGGAUCAUCCCCGAGUGGAUCGACUACGACACGGAGAUAAAGAACGUAAUGCAGGGCUUCAAGGAGAGCAGAGCCUCACAAUCAGAAGACUCUUCUAGUCAUAGAAGUCACACAGAGCUAUGAUAUCUGGAGUGGGUUAUUAGGUAAGGGUGAGAGUUUUGUAAGUAGUGUCCUGUUGAUUAUUUAUGAGCAUGUGUUCCUUUCAUCAGGCCGUUAUGUUGUAUAGAGAAGAAAAGAUGUAUGUAUUAAUGUUUUUACAGAGGCAUGAAGAAAAUUCUUUUAUAUACUUACAUACAGACAGAUCAUUGUCUAUUCUUGCAAUAUACUCAAUGUAAAGUUAUUUUUGAUGGGCAAAAGUCGUUAGUACACCUAUACUUACAGUUUGGUAAUGGAGUAUUAUUUGUUAAUUUGAUAAUGCUGUGAGCCACAUGGGAGGAUUUUAUAAAAAUAAAACACAAAAUGGCAUCUCCA